GAUUAGUAGCUCCCAUCUUAGUAAAAAAUGACUCAAAUCAAUUUGCCAUUCCAAGUUGGUCAAAUUGUGGAGGUGAAAUCCUUCAUCAAAGGAUACCGCGGAGCUUGGUUUCGAUGCAAGAUAACGGAUAUGACCAAUGAAAAUGGAGAACUAAGAUACAAGUUUAAGUAUCUUGACUUUCCAGAUGAACCGUUAGAUAAUGCACUAGUUUUUGAAACACCUAAAGGUGGGACGGAAAGUCAGCUAAUGCUACGUCCCACGUAUCCACCACAUUAUCAUGAAAGUGAAUAUGUUAAUCUCGAGGGUGACGUAGAACCUCUUGUCGUCGUUCAUGAUUCUUGGAAAGUUGGAGAUUUAGUUGAUUGGUUGAAAGAUGAGAUUUAUUGGUCUGGAGAAAUUGUGGCAAUGAAGGGUAGGAGAUCAUGUCAGAUCGAAUUGCUACCUAAACCAGAGGGUGAAGGAAAGGUUUAUCAAGGUUUGUGUAAGAAUUUGCGUCCACGGUUGGAUUGGUCAGUGGAAGAUGGUUGGAAAGUGCCUUGCACUGUGGAUGGGCAAAAAUGUGCGAAGAUCGUGACAUCUAAGAAUGAAGAUGAAGGAAUUGCAGAUGACUGCGAAACUGCAAAAGAGCAAACGAAGAAAGCCACAAAGCAAGUGGGAGGCAAUGAAGGUCUUAGGCUUAAUAUCAUGGAAUCAGAAUCAAUUGAAGCUGCUGUUAUGGACAUAGAAGAGCUUAUUGUUCGACUUGAUUGGCUUAAAGGAAAAUUAAAGCCGGAUGUUGGAGAAGGUGCAAAACCUUAUUGGAAGUAUGAAGAUUACCGCCCAUCUUCCUCGGGAAGGUGAAUUACUAAUGGUAGUAGGUAUGUAAUAUUCAGUCCCUUAUUGUGGUUUGUUUAUAAUUCAGAUAGUAGGUAUCCAAAUUACCUUUAUUUGAUGCAGAAGAAAACUGGAGUUGUUCA